CCGCAUGUAUAAAAACAGCCGCCGCCGAGUGCAAAAUAGAUCAUUAUCCGAUCACACAUCCGGGAUUUUAUUUCUUUAUUAUUAUUAUUAUUAUUAUUAUUAUUAUUAUUUUCGCAUUACUUUGUCGAUUAAUUUCUUGAAAAAUUCCAUUCCAGUUUCUUUGAUUGAAUUCUAGUUCUAGUUCUGGUUCUACUUCUUUAAGCACUUUGUGUAGUCUAUUAUUUCACUCCAGCCGGGUAUUGCUUUUCUAAAUUCAAUUUUCAUUUUUGUUGAUUUCGUUUCUCUAAUGUUUAUUUCAUUUAGAUCAUCGUUGUUUCAUAUUAAACCAGAUGCGAUUUCGAAUCCUCUUUUGAAAAAUCGAAAAACCUUUAGGGUUUUCAGUUGAUUCAAUCGGAAUAGUGUUGGAAGAUGAUAAAGGAUAACAAGGACCACAUUGACAAGUGUAUACAUAUUAGUAGCUACUUGCAGUUGGUUAGAAAUCUGUCAGAGUUUAUUGUAAAUUAGUUUUUUGGUUCUAUUCAUCUCCAUGUAUAUAUUUCUCAACCCCUAAUUUACAAUACACAGAAAAUUCCAGAAUCUGUAUUCCUCGUUGCUCUGCCAUUCCUCUUCUUCCCCUUUUAUUUUCUUCAUGGUAUCAGAGGUAUUCCCUACCUGUUAAUUGCUCAUGGAUACUUCUUCAAAACCAGAGAAUCGAAACAUCUCUGGAACUUUGGCCACUUUCCUUCCCAAGGCCUUGUUGCUACAAUCUGGAGAUCAUCCCAGCUUUUCUCUGUCCUCCAUUCCUUUGAAUGGCAAUAACUACAUCACUUGGUCUCGAACUAUCCGAUGCCAUGGUUAGAGCUUAGAUCAGAAACUCAAUAGCUCCAGAUCUUCAAGAUGCCUUUGUAUUCGCGCCAACAGCUAAGGAACUUUGGGAUAAUUUGACAUAAAAGUUUGGCCAAUACAACUUUUCCCUCAUUUUUCAGUUGCAGAAGAGUAUUACUGCAUCAUCUCAAGGAGGAGAUACAAUUUCUGCCUAUUACACCAAACUGCAGAAACUAUGGGAUGAACUAACAGCCAUUGAUCCUCCAACUGGCUGCUCAUGUGGGACCCCUGCCAACCAUGAGUCGCGCCUACGCUAUCCUUUUGCAAGUGGAAAAACAGAAGGAGCUGCAGAUUUCGGCAAUGGAGUUUGCCAAUCAGAACGUAAAUGCAACUGAAGUAAAAAAAAUUGCCCUCAAUAAAAUAUUUGGAGACAAGAAGAGGCAAGUGCAGGACAAAAGAAAUGUCACAUGUGAGUACUGCAAACGAAGAGGUCAUAUCAAGGAUACUUGCUUUAAGCUCCAUAGAGUCCCAUCCUGGUAUAAGGAAAUGCAAAACAUUGGAGCUCUGGUUCGAUCAGAAUUGCAAAAGCUUCUUGGAAAGACACCAGACACCCCUGUUGAGUUCACCAACCUGGCCAUCGAAUUUGCAGUCAUCAAUAUGAACCGCCACUCGGACUCGGACUCAGACUCAGGCUCAGUCACAGUCAGUGUCUCUCAGGAUUCAUCAUCGCCACCACCACCACCCUCAACAGCAGAUGGGCACCCAUACGUUGAUUUUGCCAUGGAAGGGGUGGCAGCAAGUAUAAAGCUACUGUUGAAGCUAGUGGAGGAUCAGAAAGGGGCGUGCGACAAAGAGGGAAAGCACAGGGGCAAAGCAAGUCUGAGACUGAGAGUGAGAGCGGCCACAAUGGUGAGCAUAGCGGAUCACGUCAGAAGCAGAAUCCGUCUCGCACUGGGGCUGCAGGGCAAUGACGAUGAUCCUGUUGAUCAAGCCGCCAUGAGGAGAGAGCUGAGUGCAAGCCUGGCGGCGCAGCAAAGCCUCGAGGCCAUGUGCAGCAGCUUGGGGAAAGAAAAGGAGAUUAUGGCCGCGGAGCUGUCGAGGAAGGUGCAAGAACUGCACGGAAUGGAGGAGCUUCUUGGCGACCUCAGGCAGCAGAACGAGGCCUUGCUGCGGAAAGUGAAUCCUCCUCCUCCUCCUCCUCCACCGCAGCCUCAGCUGGAGGAGGAGGUAUCGUGGCUAAAGGAGCGGAACAAGGCCCUGUGGGGGCAGGCGUUGAAGUCCCUUGAAGGGUGCCGGGCCAUGAAGAGGAAGGUGAAGGCCGUGCAGGAAGAGAACGCAGAAUUGCAGGCUGCAAUGGAUCGGAUGCUGCUUGCUGCCCAACCAACAUUCAAAUUCCGUCACAAGGAUUCACCAGAAUUGCAGGCUGCAAUGGAUCGGAUGCUGCUCGCUGCCCAACCAACAUUCAAAUUCCGUCACAAGGACUCACCGUAGUGCAGGUGGUGGUACGUACGUGCUACUCUAUAUGUCCAGUCCAGGUCUCUCUCACAGCACCCACCCAUCAUGCUUAUGCUUGGCGGGCCUGGGAUAUAAUCAUAAUAAUAAGAGUGGGGAAUCCUUUCCUUUCCUUUCCUACUAAAAAACUUAACCAACAGACACGGCGCGAGCGAGAGCAAGAGCAAGAGCCUUCCUUCAUUCAUUUCCCCUAUAGGCGCUAUAGUUGUGUUUCACUAUGCGGACAGGCAGGCAUGCAUGUAUGUAUGUAUGUAUAACAACAGAGAGAAUGCGAGGGUAAUAAGGAGUCUUUACAGCUACACCAAAUAAUACAUUAAAAACACAAACCACCAGCUGUUGAGGGACUUCCUUCCUUCCUUCUGUACACAAAACCAAAGCCUAUGCCAGCCAGCUUCCUCCUCCUCUUUCCCA